AAGCAAGCUCUUUAUAGAAAAGGUUUUAGUCUAAUAAAAACUUUAAAUUUGGUAAUUGAGACUAUAUAUGCUGAAGAAUUAUAUAAAUUAUAUCAGAAGUUUAUUGAAGAGAUAAAAAAGCAACUUGAAAUACAAAAUGA